CAUGAUUGUUCUUGUUUCAUAUGGUUUUCUAGAAUAUACAAAGGAUAUUCAUUUUUUAGAAUAUGCAAGGGAUAUUCGCUUACAAACUUUUACUCUAAAGGUAAAGUUAAACUUGUUUUUAAAAUAAUUACUUUUUGCCACCUGUUAGGGCUUUACAGAGUAUAUUCGAGCCCUAUGUCCUAAAGAGAGGAGCGCGAGCUCGCGGCGAUGGCAAUCGGCGCCAGGAAUCCCUAUUUGAUUUCUUCUCCCCCUCGCUCGGCCGGGAGCAUUCUCUCGUCCAAGCUUUCCUCCACCGCCAUGGCUUUUCUUGGCCCUUGGAAACCAGCAAGGAGGAAGUCGCGGCACCGGAUUGCCGCCGAGAACAACAAUUCUCUCGCUUCUUCCUCCUCUUCCUCCUCGCAGGGAUUUCGGAUUAACGGCGGCAGUAGCACCGAUAGCGAGAAUGCGCUUAGCAGCUGGUGGCAAGAGGCGUUCGCGAGGAUCGAUUCCAGCGGAGGAACGAGCUUGCUCCAAAUGCUGCACGAAGGAGCUCGAGCUUUCCAGGUAUCGGUGGAGAGGAAUGAGUCGCUCAGCAAGGGCUCGUGGCUCGUCAAGAAGUGGACAGGGUUUGGCUUCGAUACCAAAGCUUGGAUGAAGCUCCUCUCUUACCAGGUCUCUGUUUACUCCUUGCUCCAAGCGGCCAUGGAGAUUGCAAUGCGGGGAGAUGGAAGGGAUAGAGACGUUCACAUCUUUGUCCAAAGAAGUCUUUCGCACCAGUGCGCUCCGUUAGAAGAAUCCAUCAAAAAACUUUUAUCGUCUCGGGAUCCUUCCGCGGACUGGCUUUGGCAACAGCAGCUUCCGUUCAUGGUUGCGAGCUACGUGAACAUCCUGGAAAAGGAUCCUCACUUCUCGGCAGUGACAUCGACUACAGCUUGUCCUUGUGAGGCUAGUGAUGUUGCGCUGCUAAGAUUGACCAUCACUGCCUGUGGCGCAGCGAUGAAACUGGGACCGGCAACAGUUUCGUGUGCUGCUUUCACAAGCACUCUGACGGACGAGAUCGGACGAUUGAUGAACAUGCAAACGGAGUUUGUUUCCAUCACCGAGGUCUACAGCUUUUCCUGUAACUUGGGACUUCGUCGGGAGUUUCUGUCCUACUUUGGCUCCAGAGCUGCCAGCGGUCCCUUGGGUGGUGCAGACGAAAGGGCCUUCUGGGUUGAUCUUUCGGAGCAGUUUUUGAGGAACGCUCUUACUCGAGAAGGCGUGCUAACAAAGCUCAGACCUUACGACACAGCGGAGGCACUGGAACGGGAUUUGGCGACGUUUGGAUUUUUUGCUGCGCUUGGUAGACGCGCCCGUGCUUUCUUGUCCAGAAAGCCGGAGUCACAACUCGAUGAGCCUAUCGCGAGCUUGCUCAGAUAUCUGGAAGGUGGAUGUGUGCUCUUCUAUCCACAGCUUUCGACUUUGACAUACUAUCAACUUUUUGUUGAGGUGGUCUGUGAGGAACUUGAAUGGCUUCCAUUGCUUCCCGAAGCAUCUCUACUCGGCAACAGCGGAGCAUCGGACACGGUUGCUAUCUACACUGUAUUAAAUGUUUGUUCGCGCUGGGUACCGGAUUUUCUGAAAUACAGCACCUGGGUUCAAGAUCCUUCCGGCUCGAGAGUGGUCGACUUUCUCAUCAAAUGCCAAUCACGAUUGAUUGAAUGCCGUGAAAGAUACAAUAUCAGCUUGGAUUCCUCAAGAGAAUGCGUCGUGGAGGAGGAUCGAGGUUUGCUAACAGCAAGUGGUGUUGUUACUGCACAGAAGCAACUUCAACUACUUGAUGAGGAUCUGCGAAACAUGGAAGAAUCGAUCUGCAAGCUAGAAAGCUUGCUGCAGAGCUCGCAAAGUGGCAGCAGGGCUGACAAGCUCGAAGCUCUCGGGAAGGAUUUGGAACGACUGCGGCGGCUGAAAAAGGAAGCUGAAGCUCUCGAGGCGUCUUUCAAAGCAAAAACAGACGUCGGGGGCUGCUUGGAUGACGGCAGCAUCGCUCCGGAGCUAAGCGAGAACGCAAAAACUUACAACGACGUCUUCAACAAAUCCAUCGAGAAGCUGAGGGAGGCGAGCUCGGAUCUGUGGAGAGGCACGCAGCUGCUUAGCACAGACGUCGCGUCGGCGACUAUUCUCUUGAAAAACGGCGCUCUCGGACAGCAACUGACCGAGCGAGAAAAGAAGAUGCUGAUGCGGACCUUCACGGAUCUCGCCUCGGUGAUACCAAUCGGAUUUCUCAUGCUGCUACCUGUGACCGCGGUUGGCCACGCUGCAAUGCUGGCCGCGAUCCAAAAAUACGUUCCAGCUCUGAUACCGUCCGCUUACGCGCCGGAGCGCCUGGAUUUGCUGAGACAGCUCGAAAGAGUCAAGCAACUUGAGGCUCAGUCGCAACAGCAAGCAGACAAGCGCGAGAAAUCCGACUCGACUGACUGACCAGCAGCGAAAUCCGUGACAAGAAGAUGAAAAGCCUUUUUUUUAGUUCUCGAGAUUCAGUCAAAACAAAAGGCGAGAAGCAAAAAAAAACUUGGGACGACAAGUUUCUACUCGCCCUUCUUGGA